AUGGAAAGUGCCAACUGGACAGCCUCCGUGACAGAGUUUAUUCUCCUGGGCCUCUCUGCCCACCCAAAGCUGGAGAAGAUGUUCUUUGUGCUCAUCCUGUCAAUGUACCUGGUGAUCCUGCUGGGCAACGGCGUCCUCAUCCUGGUGACCAUCUCUGACUCCCACCUGCACACACCCAUGUACUUCUUCCUGGGCAACCUCUCCUUCCUGGACAUCUGCUACACCACCUCCUCAGUUCCCCUCAUUCUUGACAGCUUUCUGACCCCCAGGAAAACCAUCCCCUUCUCAGCCUGUGCUGUGCAGAUGUUUCUCUCCUUUGCCAUGGGAGCCACAGAGUGUGUGCUGCUGGGCAUGAUGGCGUUUGAUCGCUACGUGGCCAUCUGCAACCCCCUUAGGUAUCCCGUGGUCAUGAGCAAGGCUGCCUACUUGCCCAUGGCUGCCAGCUCCUGGGCAGCUGGAAGUGUUGCCUCCAUAGUUCAAACAUCCCUUGCAAUGAGGCUGCCCUUCUGUGGGAAUAACAUCAUCAACCACUUCACCUGUGAGAUCCUGGCUGUCCUGAAGUUGGCCUGUGCUGACAUCUCCAAUAAUGUGAUCAGCAUGGGAGUGACAAAUGUGAUCUUCUUGGGGAUCCCAGUUCUGUUCAUAUUUGUCUCCUACAUCUUUAUCCUCACCACUAUCUUGAGGAUCCCCUCAGCUGAAGGGAGGAGAAAGGCCUUCUCCACCUGCUCUGCCCACCUCACAGUCGUGGUCGUCUUCUAUGGGACCAUCCUCUUCAUGUAUGGGAAACCCAAAUCCAAAGACCCUUUGGGGGCAGGCAAACAGGACCUUUCAGACAAGCUCAUCUCCCUCUUCUAUGGGGUGGUGACCCCCAUGCUCAACCCCAUCAUCUACAGCCUGAGGAACAAGGACGUGAAGGCUGCUCUGAGGAACCUGGUGAGUCAGAAAAUCUUCACCCAGUGGUGUUUGGAGAACAGAUGUCCCUGUAGUUCUGUUCCCAUUGGCUGCUUUCACCCACCAAUCUCAAAAGAACGUGUCCCCCAAAGAAGACACAUGUGA